CCAGGGGCCCCUAGUCCGGCUCCCCACCCAGAAGACAAGCAAGAACCUUAAAAUACAUAACCAGAGGCCUACGCAGAGGCGCGUCCACCCUGAGCAGCGCGAGCACCGGGCUCUUUUCACCGCAAAGAUACGGGAUUGAGUUCAUCUAUGAAAAGUUAACUUGGCUCCAGUGCGGGGCGCGCGUGGGUGGGUGGGGGUACACAGUGGAGAGAGCACGGGCUCCAAAAGCAAUGGGCUCGUUCUAGAGCGCCUGCCAGAUGCGUGCCGAGCCGUGCCGAGCGGCGGAACGUGUUGUCGAUGUGAGCGUGACAUGUCGACCCGCUGAAGGAAGGAGGAGCAGCCGCCGAAGCAGCAGCCAGGCCGGGGAUGGAGGAGCCGGAGCCGGGGCUGGACCAGCCCGUGGACCUCCGCUGCUCCGAGCAGUCUGAGCUGCUCUCAUUAAUAAUAAGCGGAGAGGAGGAAGCGCCGCGAGGGGGGAGCGAGCAGGGAGAAGAGGACAAUCUUGCCAACGGCCAUGGUGGGGAGGAACCAGAUCCUGGAAUGGUCACAGCCGUCCAAUCACCAGGCACCAGCUACUGGAGCAUCACAGAGGGCCCCGACCAGCCUCUCCUCCUCUCCCUGGCACCUGGACCCUCUGGACACAAACGCAGGGUCCAGAGGGCGUCACGUCCGGGCCUCAGCCGGAUUCCUGGCCGCGACCACCGGCGCUAUUACCACGAGUACUGGCGCAGCGAAUACCUGAUGGACUUUGACCCCCAGAGGCAGGGCAUGAUCUGCAUGGUGUGCGGCAGCUCGCUGGCCACCCUGAAGCUCAGCACCAUCAAGAGGCACAUCAGGCAGAAGCACCCGGACUCGCUACUGUGGAGCGCCGCAGACAAGGAGGUGAUCCGCUCCGGAUGGGAGAGCCACCUGAGUCUGGCAGGAGGUCAGAGGUCGUGCAGCUCUGCAGCUGGACCAUCACUCCAAGCAUGCGAGGACUCGCAGCACUUUGGCCAACAUGUUGUCGUCCAAACAGACUCUCCAGACCCUGUGACCCCCCUGGAGCCGCCACAGCAACCCCUCCCUCUGUCUCCCCACCCUCUGGGGGGUGGGACCCCCCGACCCCAGGAGGAGGAGGAGCAGGAACUUUCUGGGCCCUCAAUGCGGACUCUGGAGCGCUACCUGAACGACUCGCUGCACGCCUGGUUCCGCCAGGAGUUCCUGAUGGAGUACGAAGCAGAGGCCGGUCGGCUGCUGUGUAUGGUGUGUGGAGCUGAGCUGCCCUCCCUUCACCUGGACCACAUCAAGAGCCAUGUGUUGGACACCCACCCUAAUUCCCUGGUUUACAGCUCAGAGGAGAAACACUGCAUCCUGCUGGCCUGGUCUCAGACUCACGAGGGGGCAGGAAACUCAAUCAAGUCAGAGCCUGACACCAAAGGACAAGGGCUGGACGUCUUUGCUGAGGAUGUGACGACCAUUCAGGUCAACGCUGACAUGUAUUCAGAGGAAGACAGCACUUUAACUCAGGGUAUUUGUCUUAUUGGUGAGGACGGAGGUGUUGGUGCUCCGCAGCAGGGAUCCCAGCCUCUCCGUCAACCCAAGAAAAGGCGGCUACGUGGGGGUGACCCAUGGCGGCUGCGCCUCGACUACCUAGUAGCCUACGGGCCGCAGAGCCAGGGUACGUUCUGCAUGGUGUGUUCUCAGGUCCUGCACGAAACCAAGGUCAGCAGCUUCCGCCGCCACAUCCAGGAAUGUCACCCUGAGACUACGAACCUGAGCCGACAAGAAAGAGAAGCCAUGGCUGCCGCCUGGACCAAAGAUUGCUCUAGUGACGACACACAGAUACACGAUGAAAUCCACCUGGGCGAAGCUGUUGUCUGCAAUACUAUAGGAGACCUGAAUAAAGACGCCUCCCCUGAUGUCAGAAUACCCACCAGAACAGUGAAAACGGAGGAGAGUUUCAGUGGAGGCAAGAGCAAAAUGAAGGACACGGCAGUGACCCCUCGUCACAGCCAUUAUCCUGGGAAAGACCAGCGGAGGAACUACCAGGUGCGCUGGCGGCUGGACUACCUGAUGGACUAUGACUGUAGGAGGCAUGGCUUGAUCUGCAUGGUGUGUGGGGCCACGCUGGCCACGCUGAAGGUCAGCACCAUCAAGAGACACAUCCAGCAGGUCCAUCCUCACUCGCAGUUUUACAGCGCUGAGAAGAAACAGCGAGCGCUGCUGAGCUACAGCCAGACCGCCCUGCACUUUGUUUACUCAGAUGGGGCUCCAGCUCCAGCUCCAGCUCCGGUCCCGGCUCUGGCGCUGGUUCUGGCUCCGGCUACGGCUAUGGCUCCAGUUCUGGCUCCGGCCCCGGCCCUGGCUCCAGCUCUGGCUCCAACUCCGGUUCCGGCUCCAGUUCUGUCUCCGGCCCCAUCCCCGGCCCUGGCUCCGGCUCUAGUCCCGGCUCCGGCUCCGGCUCUGGUUCUGGCUCUGGCUCCAGCCCCGGCCCCGGCCCCGGCCCCGGCCCCAGACCCGGCCCCGGCCCCGGCCCCGGCCCCAGCUCAGUUUGGCACUUAGAAAGGGCUUCAAUCUAAAAGGCUUCUGUCCCAAAAACAGCCCUACAACUUUCUUUCCAAAGAGGAAUUCAGGUGUUUGUCCAACACGUUUAAAUUUCUGGAAUUUAAACGUGUGGAUGCUGAAGCGAACUGUUAUCACGACCAGACAUGAAAGGCCUAUCUGGUCUGCUUUGGCCAAGGAGACGUAGUAUCUGUCAACAGAAAACGGCACAAUGUAAAAAUGUCAAUGCCUAGAAAAAUUCAGAGUCCAGUCAUUCAUUUGAAGGUAAGGGUUUAUUUAGAUGUAACUUCUAACACCUGAAGACAUGAUUGGAUGCACCUAAAUUACUUGUUUGGAUGCACAAAAUGUUUUUUUGUAGAUGAAUUUGCCAGGACUGAAUAUUGAUACUAUAAAACAUAACAGAUAUUGGCCACGUGACCAUCUUGAAUGAUGAAAGCGGGAAAAGCCGUCGUUCCCCUCCACCCACCCUGAAGGAUAAAACCAAUGUAGAAAAUUAAGGAAUUAACCGUCACUGAUAGUCAUAUAAAUAUAAAUUAGCUUUAAUAUAUAUAAAGGUGCUAAUUUCUUCAGAUUGCCCUUUUUGGCUUAAUGUACAGUAGAAUUGUCCCCUGUAGGUAUUACAGAGAUAGUAGAAAGUAAAUCAGUUGCGGUCCCCAAAUACAGGCUGAACACGACUACCAUUCUUAUUGUUUCACAGUUAAAUUAAUUUAUUCAGUUUUUUGUGUUUAACUAAGGUUUAUCUGCUUAGAUAAUAUCUAAUAAGUGAUGUACAUAAAAGAUUAUACCAUUACAAAGGGAAAAAAUAGUAUGUUAUUAUUAUAUCUGGCACAGCUUUUUCUUUCUACUGUCCUAGCUAGUUGUUAGGCACAACAACAGCUAGCUUAGUUAAGCAAAGAAACUUGUCAAUUACUUUUAUUUAUUUUCCUUUCUACAAUAAUUUCUACAAUUGUUAAAAGUUUAUUAACAAAAAAAAAAAUAAUAAGGCUGUUAGACCACAAAGAAAUGAUUCCUAAAAGUAAUCCUAAAAAUCCAAUUUCACUUUUUGUCUGCUAGCAAUGACAUGUUUGAAGGCUAGCUAGCGCACAGAUUUAUAGCAAGCUGCUGUACUUAAAAAGCUACAGGAGCAGCUAUUACAGAGCACUCAACGUUAACUAAACUUGAGUAAUAUUCAACCUCAAAUGAAUACCUGGACUUUAAGGAUUUAAUGGCAUCACAAAAUAUAAAAUAUACAUAUUUAAUGUCUACCUUUCAGGGGACUGGGGCUUUGUUUCUGGUCAGGACCUGAUUCUUUUCUCAGGAAGUUAGAAAGAGAGUCUUGAAUAAGACCGAGGUGAAUUACUUUAACAAAAUGUGUCUGAAGACAAUACAGCACUUUCCCCCCAAAACGUACUAAACUCCAACUGUCCUUGUACAGCCAGUUGAAUGAGACUGUGUUUGAUGGUAUUGCUAAAGACAAUGAAUGACACUGUGCAGUCAUCCAGUUCAGAUCUCUGCAGAAUAUUUCAUCCCUUGUUCACAGCGAAGGAGAGGAAACCAGCUAAAAUAAUAUAUACAUCAUUUGUAGACUACUUUAAACACCGGCCUGCAUCUUUUUCACGAACCACAGCCCAUCUUACCUUAACGCUGCACAAGAAAAAGAAAAAAUGUAAAUAUAAAAGAAAAUUAGAAUUAUUUUUUCCUUUGUAUGAGCACUUUUUGCAUCCUGGUUUUUACAAAAUGUGUUUAUAACCAAGUCCAGUUUUUCUACUUUAUUCAAGAUUUCAACAAGGAUGUUCGUUAACGGCUAAAAAUGGCUGUUUGGACUAUUGAACUCACUUUGUGAAGUUUGCUCUAGCUUUGUCUUUUUUUUUAUUAUUCAUCCAUUGUACAAAGUUAUGCAACAAAAGAAGCUGAAUAUUAACUGUCUGAGCAUGAAAUUCUGCCAUAAAUGGUCACUUUACCUGAAAAGUGUAUCUCAGGGAUUGUGUUUCCAUCAAAAUGUUAAUCAGUUAAUCAUGUAUGCUGUUGGUAUUUAAAAUUCUGGACAAAUACAGUCAGUGUUGGUUGUUCAGCUCCUGUGAAAGCAUAAAUAUCAAGAGUUUUAAGGCCACUAAAACAAAACAUUUAAAUAAAAAAAUAAAUAAAAAAAUUAUAUAUAUA